GGUAUUUUAUUCUAACAGAAUUAAAGAUGGCGGCGUCCUGAGGGAAAAAAAUAUUGAAUUGUAACAUCUACCUUUUGACAAUGUCUUUGGAGUCUGAUGCACGAGCAGAAUCAUGUAGAAAGGCCUUAAAGGUAGCAGUCAGUGCCUUGGCAUCUGAGAUGGGUUUCGAGAGAGCAGAGGAAGCUGCCGUUGAGACGCUGACAGAAAUGCUUCAAAGUUUUAUAACAGAAGUUGGGCGUAGUUCCCAGGCAUUUGCUGAGUUGGCAGGCAGGACAGAGGGAAUGAUGACAGAUGUUGUCAUGGCUCUGAUGGAAAUGGGUCAGAAUCUCAGUAGCUUACCAGCUCAUGCCAAAAGAGCCAAUAAAUCUGUGUUUCUACCUCCUGCCCACAGUACUCCUACCCCCAACCCUAGAACUCUUCAAGCUGGGGACAAGAUGCCACACCCCUCCCAUAUCCCAGAGCACAUGCCUGCCUUUCCUGAUCCUCAUACCUACAUCAGGACUCUGACACAAAAGCCUCCAGUGAAUGAAUAUCAGAUAAUUAGGGAGAAAGCAGCUUCACAGAAGCGUGACGUAGAGCGAGCAUUGACGCGCUUCAUUGCCAAGACCGGCGAGACACAGUCUCUUAUUAGGGAUGAUGCCAAUCUAUUCCCAUUAAUAGCCAUCAAACCUCACCCUUUACCGUACCUCAAUGCUCUCCUCCCUAAAGACCAAGACCUAUUGGCCCAGGAAGAGGACACUCCGACCCCCAAAGAGAGCUCCUCAUUAAAGUCCUCACAGGGAGGGGCCAAAGAGGGGGAAACAACAGAACAGGAGGGGGAUACCCCUGACCCAGAGGCUAUAGACAAUCCGUACCUCCGUCCUGUCAAAAUGGCAAAGUACCGAAAAAAGACAGGGGUAGGCAUGGGGUGAUGUGAAAUCAUUGAAAAGUCGUGUUCAAUGGUGUAGACUGAGAGGAGGCAGCAUGUGCACUUAAGCUUGAUCAUAACACAUGGAAAACGGAGCUAAUUUAUGGUUUUUUGCCACUGAACUGAAUAUCAAGGAAAAGGAGUUAAGUGUAUCAGUCUCUUGUUGAAAUAUUGUUCCUUACAUUGAUUUCAAGUAUUAAUUAUCAGUAAUAUUGAUUUUUUAGCUGUUGUUUCAUUGACAAACUGAAGUUGUGCUGUAUUGUUUUUGUCAAUGAAUUGCAGAUUUGACAUUUAUACAACAUUCAGAAUACAAUAAAUAAUUUAUGAAUCAUUA